AUGAAUUGCUGGGCUCUUUCCUUGAGGUGUCGUUUCUUGUUUCAUGCUGUUGAAACAUUAAUCCUAACUUAUUAUGACUCCUUUGUGUUGGUCAGCUCUCAGGGACAUUUCCCUAGGCUUGAAAAUGUGGGAGCUUUCAAGAAUGUGUCAAUCGUGCCAACUCAAGCCACUUGUGGGCUGCCAGACCGAAGUAUUUUCUGUCAUAGCUCAGUAGCCGUUGAAAGUAUUACAUCUUGCACCCAGAGGUUUUGUGUUCAGGAGUGUCCAUACAGGUCAUCACCUUCUUCCUACAAACUGCUUCUUUCAGAAGGCCUUGGUACUUGUAUCACAGAGGACAAAAGGGAUUUGCAUCCAGGGUCCUUCAGCAACGCUUCCAGUUUUAUUUUUCAUAAUCACAAGGAUUGCUUCUCUACUCCCCGUUCUCUGAGGCCUGCAGCUUCAUUUACGUUAACUGUAUGGUUGAAACCUGAGCAAGAAGGUGUAAUGUGUGUGAUAGAAAAGGCUAUUGAUGGGCAGACUGUGUUCAAACUCACAAUCUCUGAGAAAGAGACCAUGUUUUAUUAUCGCACAGUAAAUGGUUUGCAGCCACCAAUAAAAGUAAUGACACUGGGGAGAAUUCUUGUGAAGAAAUGGAUUCAUCUUAGUGUGCAGGUGCAUCACAGGAGAAUUAGUUUCUUCUUGAAUGGCUGGGAAGAUGACAGCACACCUUUUGAUUCAAGGAUUCUUGUGGGAACAGUUGCAGAUACUGAUGGUACACUGCGAAUUGGACAAAGUUUCACAGGUUUAGAGCAAUUUGUUGGAAGAAUGCAAGAUUUUCGAUUUUAUCCAGUGGCACUUACAAACAGAGAUAUUUUGGAGGUAUUCUCUGGAAAAUUUCCUCAUCUGCAUACCCAGUCUGAGUGCCGCUGUCCUGGAAGUCACCCCCGGGUACACCCACUGAUACAGAGGUACUGCAUCCCUAAUGGUGCAGAUGAUACCACUAACGACAGAGUGCUGAGGUUGGAUGCAGAAGCUCAUCCUCUGUAUUACAUUAAUGAUGAUGACAUUGGGACCACCUGGAUUUCAUCUGUGUUUGCUAAUACUGCAGGUCUGGAUCAUGGUGUUUCUAUCACAAUAGAUUUACAAAAUGGACAGUAUCAGGUAUUCUAUAUUAUACUGCAGUUCUUUAGCCCACACCCUGAAGCAGUAAGAAUUGAAAGGAAAAAGAGAGAUGAUCUAAACUGGGAAGACUGGCAGUAUUUUGCUAAAAAUUGCAGUAUUUUUGGAAUGGAUAACAAUGGAUCUCUGGAAGAACCAGACUCUGUCAACUGCCUUCAGCUUCCUAGCUUUACACCUUAUUCCCGUGGUAAUCUAACUUUCAGUGUUCUUACUCCGGAACCAAAUCACCGACCUGGUUACAAUGAUUUUUACAAUACUCCAUCUCUCCAAGAAUUUGCAAAAGCUACACAAGUUAGGAUUCAUCUUCGUGGCCAGUAUCAUACUAAUGAGUCUUGGGUAAAUUUUAGGCAUAGAUACUAUGGAGUUAAUGAAGUUACAGUCAGCGGAAGGUGUAAUUGCCAUGGUCAUGCUGAUAACUGUGAUGCAGCUACGGAACCAUAUAGGUGUAUGUGCGUCAAGGAAAGCUAUACAGAAGGAAAUAAUUGUGACCGCUGUUUGCCAUUGUACAAUGACAAGCCUUUUCGUCCAGGUGACCAAGUUCAUGCCUAUAAUUGCAAACCUUGUCAAUGUUACAGCCAUGCAGUAAGCUGCCACUAUGACUUAUCAAUGGACACUUUUCCUCAGGAACACUACAGAGGCAGCGGUGGAGUGUGUGAUAACUGCCAACACAAUACAGCCGGAAGGAACUGUGAGCUGUGCAAGGAUUUCCAUUACAGACAAGCAGGUGCAGAUCUUUCAGCCAUUGAUGUCUGCAAACCCUGUGACUGUUAUGGAACAGGCACCAAAAAUAAGAGCCUUUUGUGUGAUAAUAUUGGAGGCCAGUGUAAUUGUAAGAGACAUGUGUCUGGCAGACAAUGCAAUCAGUGCCAGGAAGGAUUCUACAAUCUACAACAGUCAAACCCUGAUGGCUGCAGUCCCUGUAACUGUAAUACCUCUGGGACAGUCAAUGGAGACAUUACCUGUCACCAAAAUUCAGGCCAGUGCAAGUGCAAAGCAAAUGUUAUUGGUCUUAGGUGUGAGAGUUGCAAUUUUGGAUUUAAAGCUCUCAGAUAUUCUAAUGAAGAUGGAUGUGAGCCUUGUUGGUGCAACAGCCACGGCUCGGUGAACCAAUUCUGCAACCCUCUCUCUGGGCAGUGCAAUUGUAAAGAACGAGUGAAGGGGCUUCACUGUGACACCUGCAUGGACAACUUUUAUGGGCUGGAUGUAACUGGUUGUAAGGCUUGUGAAUGUGAUGUUGCAGGGUCAUUUUUUGGAUCUGUGUGCAAUGCAAAGACAGGGCAAUGUGCGUGUAAACCAAAUAUUGGAGGAAGGCAAUGUGACGAGUGCCUAGAUGGCUACCACAAAGUACAGAAAAAUAAUUCCUUUAUUUGUCUGCCGUGUAAGUGUGAUAAGGCGGGUACAGUAAAUGGCUCUCUGCUUUGUGACAAAUCAACAGGACAAUGUCCUUGCAAAGCUGGUGUAACUGGUCUUCAGUGCCGUCAGUGCAUGCCUCGUACAUACAACCUCAGCAUGAGCAACCUCCGUGGCUGCCAGCGUUGUGACUGUGACACUCUGGGCACAAUGGCAGGAACAGUUUGUGACCAUGUUACUGGACAAUGUGUCUGUUUGCCUCACCGUCAGGGGAGAAGAUGUGAUGAGUGUAAACCAGGUUUUUAUUUUUCUCCAUCCAGUGUCACUGGCUGUCUGCCAUGCCUGUGCCACACAGCUGGUUCAGUGAAUCAGACCUGUAAUAAACUAACUGGCCAGUGUAUUUGCCGAGAUGCCUCUGUAACAGGACAGACAUGUGAUCAUUGCAAAGAACUUUAUUUUGGAUUUGACUCUGUCACAGGGAGAUGUCAGCACUGUAAUUGUCAUCCUGCAGGAGCCAUUAGUGGGACUUGUCAUCUUGUUACUGGACAGUGUGUUUGUAAACAAUUUGUAAGUGGCUUGAAAUGUGGCAACUGUGUUCCCGAUGCUAGUAAUUUGGAUGUCCACAACCUAUUUGGCUGCAGUAAAACUCCAUUCCAGCAACCUCCUCCUACUGGGGAAGUUCUCAAUUCCUCCGUUAUCAGUCUUUCAUGGAGUUCCCCUGACUCUCCAAAUUCGAACAGGCUUACUUACCAGCUGUAUAGGGAUGAGGCUGAAAUUUAUACAACUGAAGACUACUACCCUUAUAGUGUUCAGACCUUCACUGAUACCAUGCUGUCUGCAUAUACCUUCUAUUCCUAUUACAUCCAAGCCAGCAACAUUCAUGGUUUUACUAGAAGUGCCUCAGUGACAUACAGAACAAAAUCUGGGACGCCUACAGGAAACUUGCAUCUAAAUCCCAUCUUCCCUGUUAGUCACCACUCUGUUUUACUUUUCUGGACAAGCCUCUCCAAUGACUCUGGGCCCAUAGAGAAAUACAUUUUGACAUGCACUAGCCUAGUUGAUCUUCAGCCUUGUGGUCAGUAUGAAGGCUUAAAGACUUCAGCAAUUAUUUGGAAUCUCAUUCCAUUUACAAAGUAUGUUUUUUCUGUACAAGCUUGUACUAGCGGAGGCUGCUUAAAGAGCCAGCCAGUAACAGUAAUUACUGCACAAGCCCCUCCAGAAGGGCUACGCCCACCGGUGAUAGAAACCAUCAGCUCUACAGAACUGGCUGUGGAAUGGUCACCACCUGAGAAACCAAAUGGCAUAAUUAUAAGAUAUGAACUUUACAUGAGAAAAAAAUUAAAACCAGAUGAGAACUUUCUUCCUCCUGAAAUUCGUAUUUUCCAAAGCAGUGGAUGGCUCAGUCCUCAACCAGUUGUGGAGUCUCCUAAUGAAAAUGCCCUGGCUCCACCACAGACCAGUACCACAGUCACUGAUCUGGAGCCAUUCACAGAGUAUGAAUUUCAUGUGCUAGCAGUAAACAUGGCAGGUAGCAUAUCUUCAGACUGGGUAUCAGGACAAACAGGAGAGGCUGCCCCAGUGUUCAUGCCAUCUCCAUCAGUAUUCCCUCUUUCAUCAUAUUCCCUCAAUGUGUCAUGGGAAAAACCUGAAGAUAAUUUAGCAAGAGGAGAAGUGAUGGGAUACAGCAUCAGUUUGAUGACAGAACAAAGGUUCUUGCCACCUUUUUCUGAGGUUUUGCAUAUAGCAGAGGCUCGUGAGCUAUUUUAUGUAGCAACCGGAUUAAAACCUUACAGGACGUACAACUUUACUGUUACUCUCUGCAAUCAAAUUGGUUGUGUAACCAGUGAGCCAGGCGUGGGGCAAACCUUGGCAGCUGCUCCAAGAGAACUUAGUGCACCUCAUGUUGAAGGAAUGAACAGUACAACGGUGAAGAUAAAUUGGAGUGAACCUGAAGAACUUAAUGGACCUUCACCCAUCUACCAGGUGGAAAGGAUGGAUUCAUCUUUAGCUGCAUUCAGUACAGAAGUAAUGAAAGGGAUCCGUUUCCCAGGAAAUGGAUAUUACAGAUUUCCUAGUUCCACUCUCCCCACCAACACUUACUUUACAGGUAAAUGA